AUCUAACAACUCCAUUAAUUUAUGAAAUAUUUACACCUUUGUUGUCCAGUCUUUGUCUCAACUCUCACGAUCUCCUGUUUCCACCCUUCUCCCUCGAAUCUUCGUCUCUUACCUCUACACUUUCUCUCUCUUCACUCUCCAGUAAGUAGUUGGGUUGUUGUUCAUUCAAAUCAUAUGAAUUAGUCAUUCAUUCAUUCAUCAUCUUAUGUAUUAAUUGAUUCAUGAGAUCGUUUUAUUGAGCUUCUAACUGUUGUGCUUCGUGAUUUAUUUUAAUGUUUUGAGGCCCAUACAGAUAUCCAAGCUAUUGUAGUUUCUUUGUUAAUUCAGCUUGAUUUGGGUUUAUGUGGGGUUUGAGGAAUUGAGGUGUUAGAAGCAAUUUUGACUUGAAUGAUGAUGAUGAUGAUGAUGAUGAUGGUGAUGAUGGUGAAUUGGUGAUGGUGAUGGUUGUGGUAUAAAUCGUCGCGGAUUUUCUGUCAUUUUGCUUAGAAAUAGAAGAUUGGGAUGAUUGGUUCUUGGGGUUCUUAGAUUCUGUUGAUGUAUUCCUCUGAGAUGUUGUUUUGUGCUGUAUUAAGACCAUGAAAAAUCUCAGCAGGAGUACAUCUUCUAGUAGGAGUACAUCUUCUAAUAGGAGGAAUGCUACCUCCAUUGUUAGUCCAAAGGUGCUUCUUCAUAGAGAUAACUUCAAUGGACUUCGUCGAGAUAGUUGGGUUUCGAGGAAUCUGUAUAUUCUCAUCAUUAUUGGACCAUUGGUUACCUUUUGCUUGGGUUUAUCUUAUGGGUAUCUCUAUGUUUUCCCCAAUCGUGGGCAGGCGUUGCAUGAGUAUCCUGCUUCGUCGAGGAUAUGUGAUGCCUUUGAUGGGAGUUGGGUGUUGGACUAUAGUUAUCCUUUGUACAACUCUUCUCUGUGUCCUUUUGCGGAACAAGGUUUUAAUUGCUUGGGUAAUGGGAGGAAAGAUAAAGAUUACCUCAAAUGGAGAUGGAAGCCCAAAGAUUGUGACAUCCCAAAGUUCAAUGCAUCUAAUAUGUUGGAAAGGCUUCAAGGUAAAAGGAUUGUUUUUGUAGGAGAUUCUAUGAGUAGGACACAAUGGGAGUCUUUUAUAUGCCUGCUUAUGACAGGAGUUGAGGAUAAGACGAGUGUUUAUGAAGUGAAUGGUAGGAGCAUAACGAAAACCAUAAGACACUUGGCUGUUCGCUUUUUUUCCUUUAAUUUAUCAGUGGAGUUCUACCGGUCUGUUUUCUUAGUCCAGCCUGGUAUGGCACCAAAGCAUUCGCCAAAGAGAGUAAAAACAACACUCAAGCUUGACAAAAUGGAUGACAUUAGUAAGGAAUGGGUCGAUUCAGAUGCUCUAAUAUUCAACUCGGGACAUUGGUGGAUACCAUCAAAAUUAUAUGAAACGGGUUGCUAUUUUCAAUUAGGUGGUUCACUGAAACUUGGGAUGUCAAUUGCUUCAGCCUACAAAGUAGCUAUGUCCACCUGGGCUUCAUGGGUGGAAGAGUCAGUAAACUCAACAAGAACACGUGUUUUCUUUCGUACUUUUGAGCCAUCUCACUGGAGUAACCAAUCCAACGCACAUUGCAAUGUGACUCAAUUUCCAACAUCAGGGAUUGGAAAUAGUCAACAGAACCCAUUCUCGGAUUUUGUAACUGAUACAGUGAAAAGGAUGAAGUUUCCAGCUACUAUGUUGCAGAUCACUUCCAUGUCAGCCUCUAGGAGUGAUGCACAUGUAGGUAACUGGAGUGACCGUAAAUCUCUGACCGACUGUAGCCACUGGUGUCUGCCUGGAGUACCCGACUUUUGGAAUGAAAUUCUGCUGUCUCGCCUUUUCUCCUAUUAGAUCGACUGAUACGAGACAGAUCAAGUUCGAUUCUUCAAAUCCUAUUCUCCAUUAUACAUUUCUUGUCCUCUUUUUGAUAGGACAUAUACAUACCUUGGAGAAGUUUCGGCGAGUGUAUCAGUAUAGAAAGUUUUGUUAGAGACACCAUCAUCACCCACUCAGUUUCUUCCCUCCUGUGAUUUAAUUUUACGUGUAUGAUGAGGGGAUGUAAUUGAAGCCUUUGGAGGUUCAUUUCAGGGUUGUAUUCUUUCAUUCACAUUUUGAUCAAUUGUUGUAUUUUAGAAUAUACGAGUUCUUGUUCAUUUUUA